AUGGAUUUGAGAAAUAACAGCUCAUUAAUUGAGAAUAUAAACAUUCGUAAGUUAAUACAGACAUUAAAUGACAUCAAGUCACUAAAGGAAUCAUAUCCAAAAAGCAUAGAAGUGGCUGUAAAAUCAAAUUACACACAAAUUAAAAUAAGUAAACAAUUAAAGUAUGACAUAAAUGCUGAAAUGGAACUAAGUUAUGCUGAAAAUAAUUGGAUUAUAAUGUCACACAACUUUCCUGAAAAGACUGCAUCAAGCUUGUUAAAAAUUGGCAGUUCCACGAGCUUAAAAAGUGCUGUUGAAGGAUUUUUGCUGUUAAUCAAUAAUCUUAAGAACUACUUUGAGUCACUAUAUAUCCUCGAUCUGAACUGCAUAGUAUUAGAGCCUUAUGAAAAGCUAAUGAGCAUAAACUGGAGAUUAAUAAAAUACAGCAAGUUUGCAUUUAUUAAAAUUGAGUUUCUGGAUCCACUGGAUGUUAACAAUUUCAAUGUAACAUUCUAUGGCAAAGAUCAUGUUAUAAAAGAACUAAAUGAGGCAUACAAUACAAACAGCUACUAUGAUGAAGAUGAGACAGACAUUUAUCAGAAGUUGUGCAUAAAACUUAAGAUUUUAGAGUUCCCGUACACAAACAGAAUUGAAGACAGCGAUGAAUGCUCGAUCUGCUUGUGUCAGCAUAAUGAACAGAAUGAGAGUCCAAUCGUUUGUUGUGAAAAUCCUCGAUGUGAUCAAUUAUUUCAUGCUAGCUGCCUUAAUCAGCAUUUAAAUAUUAAUAGCUAUAAAGUGCUCAGCGUAGCCGUUGGUGAAUGUCCAUUCUGUAAGCAAAAAAUAUCUUCAAACUUCUCUGGAUUUAUGAAAAAGCAACAAGACAUAGCAGAAUUAAAUAGACAGGAAGUAAUGGUUGAAAACAGCAUGAGUAUUACUAAUAAAAUGGAUACACAAAUUUAA